AUGGCACGGAAACUAAGCCACCAGAGGGUCACCUACGUGCUCCCUCUGCCCGAUGCCCCCGGUGGGCACCGGCUGGGGGUCAACGGUCUGACCGUUGACCGUCAGAACUCCAUCCUGUAUUCCGCAGGCCGCGACGGUGUCAUUUGCUCGUGGGACCUCGACUUCUCCCUCAAUCCCCUCCAUUCCCCGGAUCCGUUCUCGACCUCCAAUCGCAAGCCGGGCCCGACUCGUUUCAAGACUCAGGUUCAAGCCCACAGCCACUGGAUCAAUGAUAUCGUCUUAACCCAGGAUAACUCUGCGCUUAUUUCGGCGUCGUCCGACACCACAGUUCGACUGUGGCGCCCGCAUUCCGAGUCUACCGAGGUCCCAGAGCGCAUCGGCAAGCAUAGCGAUUAUGUCAAAGCACUCGCGACUCCAGGCGGCCAGGCCAGCUGGGUUGCGUCGGGCGGCCUGGACCACAAGCUUUACUUGUGGGAUCUGAACGGCGGCGGCGAAAUCCUAAGUAUCGACGCUGGUGGAGACGAUACGACUGAGAAGGGCUCGGUCUAUGCCUUGGGCGCAGUGAACUCGGUGCUGGCCAGCGGCGGGCCCGAGAAUGUGGUCCGUGUCUGGGAUCCCAAGUCCGGGAAGCUAGUCACCAAGUUCGUAGGCCAUACCGAUAAUAUUAGGGAUAUCCUGGUUAACCAGGCCGGUGAUACGAUAAUUACUGCGUCUUCGGACCAGACUAUCAAGGUGUGGUCUCUGACCGCCGGACGCUGCAUGAACACCUUGACCAUGCACAACGACAGCGUGUGGUCGCUAUACUCGGACGAACCGGAUCUAUCGGUCUUCUACUCUAGCGAUCGAUCAGGUUUGGUUGCUAAAACCGAUACUCGUGGCUCCUCGGACCUCGAGCAAGGCACCUGUGUUGCUGCACUGCAGGAACAUGAGGGCGUUGUCAAGGUUGUGGCAGCUGGUGACUUCAUUUGGACAGCUACGCCCAGGUCUAGCAUUAAUCGCUGGAGAAAUGUCGAUACCACAGUCGGUAUUGAACCGUUCCCGGAUCCCGCGCGGACGAUCGACUCUACCGCGGUGGCACCGGAAACCUCGACGGGCGAGAUGCCUAAGCAGAUUCCGUUUAACGCGGCACUGCAGUUGUCAGCCACGUCGGAGCUGCUCGGCACUCCGUCACCUUCCAGCGGACACUCUGGAGAACCGGACUCGGAGAAUGAUAUUGGUCUAACCAUUCCGGUGCACUCACUGCCCGAGGAAACCAUCGAGGGGCAGCACGGUUUGAUCAAGUGCUUGAUGCUAAACGAUCGGAGGCGAACUCUCACGCAGGAUUCGGCAGGAGAGGUGGUCUUGUGGGACCUGCUCAAGUGUGUUCCCGUUCAAACAUUCGGAAAACGCCAUAUUGAUGAUGUAGCGACCGAAGUCAACUCUACGGAAAGUAUCUCCCACUGGUGCACAAUCGAUGUGCGCACGGGCAGGCUGUCUGUUAUUCUUGAGCCCAACCGCUGCUUCGAUGCUGAGGUUUAUGCGGACGAGAUUGAUCUCCCUGCCUCUGAACUUGCACAGUUCCGGGAGGAUCAACGAAUCAAUCUUGGAAAAUGGAUCCUGCGUUGGCUCUUCGCUCCACUAGUGGAUGAGGAGAUUCAACGUGAUAACACGUACCGCGAGACCGCCAUCGCCAAAGCGGAGGAACUCGCCAAGCUUAAUCCUUUGAGCACAUCCGCACCUGGAGAUGACAUUCCGCGCAGCAUCGGAAUCCCUAUCCACGGCGACCCUUCCGCGACUCUGCGUCCUGGAAUGGAAUUCCCCGGAAGCCCGACCACCCCAGGCUUUGGAAUCAACGUUGGCACACCAUCGUCUGCGACAUAUCUGAGCACUUCCAUGCAGAGCAAUAAUCCCUUCCCAGCAUUCGAUGUUGAGACCCCCGAUGCUCUUCCUACGAUUCACCCACAACACGAUGCUGGGCCGUCCUCCUUCUCGGAUAAAUCCGGUGACUAUUUCUCGUCCAGACCGCCGCCGCUCGAAACAGAGAAAAACCCGCUGUCUGCGUCCGAUGCGGCUUCAAACCCUGGGCUUCCGCAAUCGCCCGCAGAGCCAGACAGGGAGGAGCGUAAAAAGGGAUCAUUCUUCGGGAAGAAGUUGAGUUUCCCGAAGAAAAUUGGGCGUACCUCUACCGACACCAAGCCUCAAAUUCUGGAAGAGAAGAUCGAGGAGUCUGAAAUCUCGUCGAUCAAGGAGGAGAAGGUUUACGAGGCCAAUAUCAGCGGAGUCAUCGAUCGGAUUCGUCAUGAGUAUGAGGAGUUCCUGUCAGCAAACCCUAAUCGGGAGUUGGUGACAUCGAUCAUUCCUAGUGCAGAAAACGAGACUCCUCAACUGGACAUACCCCCGCGGACCUCGGUUUUUAUCCAGGAAGAAACUGGCGAGACUGCAGUGGCAUCGGAUCUCUACCGAGGCACCGUGGGUCACAUUGGACAAGAUAUUGAGCGGUUAGAGAAGGCCAUUCCUCAUUGGCUUGGUGAAUUGCUCCUGAAGAAUCAAAUCCCGUUCAAAGAGCAGGUGAAGAUAGCCUUCAUCUUGAAACCGUUUGACGAUUCUCUACCACCAGUUGUGAAACCCGAAGCACCCACUGCCAACGGUGGCCCUGCAAAUGGCGCUAACAACAGCUCGCGACUCAAUGCCAACCGCAUGCUCCGAACCAAGAAGGUCCUUGCCUAUGUAGCUGAGCGCAUUGAUCCAGCGAACCCCGAUGAGCCCGAGGCGAGCCAAAUGCCACCAGAGGAGUACCUGGAGCUGUAUUGCCAGAAAAUGCUCUGCCCGCCCAAUAUGACCCUGGCUACUAUCCGGACGCAUCUCUGGCGAACCUCUGGAGACAUGGUUCUGCACUACAAGGCCAACGGCAAGAAGCAGAUCCGACCUCCGCGGUCCUUGAUAAACACCGACGAUAACCAUCCCACCCUGGGCGAAGCCAAUGUUCCCAAUGGCGAGAGCAGCGCGCCUCCAGGCAGUAUUCACUCAAUGACCAACUCGGGAUCGGCCGCUGGUUCAGUCGUCACCUAG